CACUCAAAUGCAAGCCACCAACAAAAGUGCAGACCUUGUUUUAAAAUACAGCUCUUUGAGUGGGGAGAAAUAUGAGCUUACCCCUCAACUUGUGCAAGAAACCUCUGAUAUUUUCGUUGCUAUCUCACUAGAAGGACAUGAAGAUCUUUGUAUAAGUAUUCUGAAGAUCGAUCAUGAAAAAUCAGAUUUUGUGCAUAAACUAUUCAACUACAAUGGGUGCAAUACCAAAAUUAAAGCUAUAUUCUGCAAAGACAUAGAAACUUGUAAAGAAUAUGAAGAGCUUCAACAUGAAGAUAUCCUCCAAGUGGUCCCUCAGGAAGAUUGAUUCAUUUAUUCUUCUUCAAACUCUGAGGAUGAGUCUACGAGGACAGGAACUCUCCAGUUAGAAUACAUAGAUAUUGCAGAAACACCUCUAUUGUCUGAAUACGUGAUAUUCUAUACAAAACUUCAUGAAAAUUCCAUAAAAGAACUUGGCCUAGAAAGAGUUGUUGUAAUAAAAGAUUCAAUUGACCUUGAUGAAGACAAGCUAUCAUUUCUGAGCAGCUUGUGUGACUCCCAUCGCUUAAAUGAGUCUUUCCGUAAGUUAAUAGAUGAGCAAAAUCCUGCAAAAUUCAUCAGAAAAUUAGUUAUCAGCAAUUAUAUGACUCAAAAUUAUGGCGAUAAUACCCCAAUGACAUUUGAAAUCUACCAUGAUUAUAAAGAAGAGAAUGUCCUCGACUAUGAUUAUAUCGAGUUACAUAAAAUCUCCAAACUUAAGUCUAUCUCUCUCCAGAGCUUCAUAGAAUCAUUUAAUGGAAGAGCAAAGAUGGCUCUCAAGAAUUUAAAGAAUAAAUUCCCUGAAGAAAAUAUUUACUUGAAAGAAUGCUGUUAUGAUCAUUGACUGAUCCCUCAUACUCGAGAAUUUCAUGGGAAAGAGCUUUUUGAUGAAGAGGAUCAUCUCUACAAGCUUGAAGUAAAGUUCUAUGACUCAAUAUUCAACUGGUAGGAAGGAAUAAGG